AUGUCUGAAAGUCAACAACAAAUUGGAACUAUGAAAAGAACUUAUAAUAAGAGAUGUGCUCAAUUACAAUCGAAUGAGAAUAACAAUUUACAGAAUUGGAAUAAAUCAGUAAAUAAACUGAAUAAUCAAAAGUUACGUAAACCUUUAGCAAAUUUGUCGAAUACCUAUACAGGAUCAGAAAUUGAAUGUCCUAUUAAAUUUGAUAGAUCUCUUAAUAAAAGAUUGAAAACAUGUUCGGCAUCAUCAUCAUCAUCAUCUUAUGGGAAUAUAGAUUCAAUGAAUAUAACUCGACGUAAUGAAAGAGAAAGAAAUCGUGUAAAAUUAUUGAAUAUGGGAUUUGAUCGUCUUCGAGCUGUAGUUCCAUGUCGUUCCGGUGAACAAUUAAGUAAAAUAUCAACUUUGAAAAAAGCAAUAUGGUAUAUUGAACAUUUGGAUAAAGUAUUACAUGGGCAGGAAAAUUCAUGUUCUAAUUUGAUUAAUCAGUCAACAGAUUAUACUGAUAAAGGUGCAACAUGUACAAAUAAUAAGAUCAAACAAACUAACUCAUUUAUAUCAUCAUCACUACCUAAAUCAGCUGGACUAUUUGAAAUCAAUCGCAACGAAGCAAGAUCAGGGGCCUCCUGUUCAUCUUUCGAGAAGACUGGAAAACAUCUAUUAUCUAAUUCUACUUCAUCAUUCACUGAAUUCUCAAAUGAUUCCGGUUAUGAUAGUUCUAAAUCUCAAGUUGAAUUAUUAUCAAAAAUCAAUAAUCAUUAUUCAUUAUCAACAUGGUAUAAUGUUGGAUAUAUGCCAACAACCCCGAUUUCAUCAUUAUCAAAUUCAUCAGUGAUUAAUUCAUCUAAUUUAUCAUUUAAAAAUCAAUCGACUUUAAAUUUAUACAAUAAUGUUUCUCAUCUUCAAUGGUUAUUAAAUGAUGAUAAUUAUAUGCAUAAACUAAAUGGAACAUGA